AUGGCAGCGAAAAAUGUCACACGCUUCGUAUUACCCAGAUUUGCAUCCUUUUUCCAGCGAUUUAAUGCCACAACUGUUCCAUUGAUAUUGCGACGGAGAGCUCUCUAUAAACCUGAGCACUUUGGAAUGUUUUCUACAUCUCCCAAACCAUUAGCAAAUGAAACAGUCACUGUCCACUUUGUAAUGCCCGACGGCAGCAAGGUUUCAGCGAACUCCAAAGUGGGCGAAAAUCUUCUGGAUAUCAUUGUAGACAAUGAUAUAGAUAUUGAUGGAUUUGGUGCUUGUGAGGGAACCCUGGCCUGCUCCACAUGUCAUCUCAUCUUCUCUAAAGAGGAUUAUGAUCGGAUUCCAGACAAACCCACAGACGAGGAAUUAGACAUGUUGGACCUCGCAUAUGGCCUUACUGAUACAUCUAGAUUAGGUUGCCAAGUCAUUGUGACAAAAGAUAUGGAUGGACUUGAGGUCAAGGUUCCUGCUGGUGUAGCAGAUGCCCGAGAUCCAUCAUGACCAUAGCUGUCCUGUAGGAUAUUAAAAACAAACCAUAGAAAAGACAAUAUGAGUAUUUAAACUAGAUUCAACAUCACCUUAUAUAAUCUUAAUAAAGACUUGUACGUGAUACUAA